CACGUGCUCUACAGCAAUAUGGCGGAGGACGGUCGUUCAGACUCAGAAACGGACGAUACACUAAGUGAAUCAAGGCAACAAGAGAAAGAAUUGAUAUGGGAUCAGAUACUGCUUUAUGUCUCAACGUUCGGCUUGACACUUUCUCUCAUUCCCGUUGUAGCAAGAGUUUUGGUUGACAGAUCUGUUGCUUGCAACUCUCCUGGCAACUUCACUGGGACACGAGAUCAGUUGAACUACGUGGUCGUUUGGUGUUCGAGGCAUGUCCGUAGUUUAGAGGAACUGCCUCUUCUGAUUCUGUUUCAAAGUUUGUGUUUGAUAGCACCUCACGUGACAUGGAAGGCGUAUGCAUCUGCAGCCUUUGAAGAAUUCUUUUCAGGGUCACUCCGGGUUGGGAAACUAAGGAUGAAAACAACAGGGUCAUAUGACGAGGAUACAAUUCGCUUGGUCAGACAUCUUUGGGACAGAUACACAAGAACUCAUUCAGUUCGUACAUCCUACAGAGUGAAGCUGUUUCUGCAUUUUUUUGUGUGCCUAAUUUUUUUGCCAAUCAUCAUUGUUUUAUAUGACGGUGGCGACUUACUUUCUGCUAGAGACAUAUUUUGUCCUAAUAUUGGGGGAGACAGAAUUCAAGUAAAUGUGACAAGAGGUAUCCCAACGUGGACUGUUUGGUGUACCCAUGCAUCUUCGUUAUCAUUUCAGUGUGUUUGGAUUGCAAACGUGUGUCUGUUACUAUUGGGUUUCUUGGCAAGUGUUAGGGGGUUAUGGUGGUUACAUACUAGCCAUGGGAAAGAGCUCGAUUAUCGGGGGCAAUGUGAUUUCUAUUACCAUUUGGGCAUUAGCUAUGGAGAUGAUUCUCUUUUUAUAACCAGGAAGUUGGAGACCAAGGUCCAUAAUGACUUUAACUUUCUUUUAAUGAUGCUGUAUGGCCUUGAUAAAGGACAAGGGGAAGUGUUUAGGAACUUGAUAGUUGAAUUUCUGUUGCAAGAACGAUGGAAAACAGACUAUGAAAACUAUUUGCUUUUUCUGUUUAAGAUUAGUCCUCAAUCGUGUAUGCAUCCACAUGGCCGAACAGCUUUGAACAAUGACACUGUUCAGAAAGUGUUUCACUGCAAGUGUAGAAAACGUGAUGCUAGUAGAUGUGAUGAUUUACCGUCACUGGGAGAUCAUCUACUUCGGCUUUGCACCCGUGGUAGAAACAAAGUGGAUGCAGAAUUCAAGAAUGCCCUUCUUUUGUUUUCUGGAUCGAGGGGAUUUGCUCUAUCUGUGGCAAAACUAAGUAGAGAGACGUUUGCUGUUGAGUUUAGUCAGUAUUAUAAACCGGAAUUAUCAACGUCAUCUCAGCGCUUUCAGGAGGAACGGAGAGAAAAGAUAUUGGAGGAGAAAUUUGAAAAUUUGACAUUUUUGAGGGUUCCAAACAACAUUACUAAUACCACCAGCCCGUUUUCCGCCGAGCUGUUCAUCAAACUACGACAAGACUCCAGGCAACGUAAAACACGUGAAUUUGAUCUCAUCGUUGUAUCAUGUCUAGAAUCUCACUUUCGAAUUAGUGCUGUGAGACUGACAUUGGAGAACCUCUUCUCUCAGUGCACUAAGAAUAAAUGUCUUAUUGUCUUCUGCUCGUUUGAGCGCGUCGACAUCAAGUCAAUACUGGGAAAUUUGAACGAUUAUUUGGAUGAUUGCGUACUGGAGACGAAAAUCACAUCGAAUUUAGAACUUGCCGCCAAUGAAGAUAUUGCAGACUUCAAACACUUUGGAGAAAGAGUGAGAGUGUACUUGAAACUCGUACAGUUUAAUCUUGAUAAGUAUUGGGAAAAAACACAGUCAGUGUAGAUUUGAUAUACAUUCAACACGCUAGUAGAGAGUGAGUACAUGUACAUGUAUGUGGACAUAUGGUUUUCAAGUAUGAGGACAAUUUAAAUAAUGGUCGGUUAAUAAGAGGAACUC